GGACGGAGCCCACGCCGCGCGUCCUGCAGCCAGCACGCCAUGGCGAUGGGCGGAGGAGGGGGUGGCGGCGGCAUCCCGGAGCCGGAGGACUCGGUUCUGUUCCGGCGUGGCACCGGCCAGAGUGAUGAUUCUGACAUUUGGGAUGACACUGCAUUGAUAAAAGCUUAUGAUAAAGCUGUGGCUUCAUUCAAGCAUGCUCUAAAGAAUGGUGAUAUUUCUGAAGCUUCAGAUAAACCAAAAGGCACACCUAAAAGAAAACCUGCUAAGAAGAAUAAAAGCCACAAAAAGAAUUCCACAACUCCCUUGAAGCAGUGGAAAGUUGGUGACAAAUGUGCUGCCAUUUGGUCAGAAGAUGGCUGCAUUUACCCAGCUACCAUUGCUUCACUUGAUUUUAAGAGAGAAACCUGUAUUGUGGUUUAUACUGGAUAUGGAAAUAGAGAGGAGCAAAAGCUGUCUGAUCUACUUUCUUCAACCUCUGAAAUAGCUAAUAAUGCAGAACAAAAUACUCAGGAGAAUGAAAAUGAAAGCCAAAUUUCAACAGAUGAAAGUGAGAACUCCUCCAGAUCUCCCGGUAAUAAACCAAAUAAUAUCAAGUCAAAAGCUGCUCCAUGGAAUUCUUUUCUUCCUCCACCACCCCCCAUGCCAGGAUCAGGAAUGGGACCAGGAAAGCCUGGUCUAAAAUUCAGCAGCCCACCACCACCACCACCACCACCACCACCACCACCCCCACCACCACCCCACUUCCUAUCUUGCUGGAUGCCUCCAUUUCCUUCUGGACCACCAAUGAUUCCCCCACCACCUCCUAUAUGUCCAGAUUCUCUUGAUGAUGCUGAUGCUUUGGGAAGUAUGUUAAUAUCUUGGUACAUGAGUGGCUAUCAUACUGGUUACUAUAUGGGUUUCAGACAAAAUCAAAAACAAGGAAGGUGCUCACAUUUCAAUUAAGGAGUGCAGCUCACUCCCAAGGAGAAUAUUUUGAUGUGCCCUGGUUGAUGUGAACAAAACAUUCAUCAUUUUCUUCAUGAACCAAACCGUUGGUUGGGUGGCAAAAACCAUCUGCAUUUACCCUUGUUGUGUGUGAAUUGUGCUUAAAUAAGCAACCAGGUAUUUCUAGGAAAUAUGAGUUUGAAUAACUGAACAAUGGAAAUGUGAGUGAUUACAAGAAACUCAAGGUCAUAUAUAGUGCAGAAAAGUUCGUCUGUUAAAACUGCGAUUGAACACGUUUGUACAUUGUAGCAUUCUUAGUAUGUAAAGCUUUUUUAAAUGCCUUUAUAAAUAAAUGAUAAUUUUUUUUUUUAAAUGU